UUGGCAGGAGAGAGCGUGAGACGCGACGUCCUCGGAGCAGGGGAGACAAGCGCGUGUUGCUCUCCGCUGGCUUGAGUAGUCGCGGGGAGUUUCUUGACGGCCGAGACUCCCCUUGGCGCACCCCGUCCGCUGAGUCUCCGUCAGCAGCCCUACAGUACCCCCCCCCCCCUAAAGCCAGCCCCCCUUCCCACCGGCGUGUCGGGGAGAUCGGCGCUCACUUCGGAGGUGCAAGGGAGCUUCACGGCGCGCUCGCGUUAGAACCGCCGACGCUGCCGAGGUGGAUUUUUGUAAACACAAAAAAAAGCGCGCCAUGGCGACUUCCACGCGCGGAGGAGCGGCCUCCCCGCCCGUCGUCCGCUUGGCGGCAGCGGUGGCGAUGGCGGCGGCGCUGGCGCUGGCGACGCCGCCCGCCCCGGCCUCCGACUGCCCCGCCCCGUGCCGCUGCGACGGCACCUUCGUGUACUGCAACGACCGGGCGCUGACGUCGGUGCCGGGCGGCAUCCCGCGGGAGGCCACCACCCUAUUCCUGCAGAACAACCUCAUCAACGACGCGGGCAUCCCGUCCGAGCUGACGCACCUGCGCGACGUGGACACGGUCUACCUGUACGGCAACCGGCUGGAGGAGUUCCCUACCAACCUGCCGCCGGGCGUCCGCGAGCUGCACCUGCAGGAGAACCGCGUGCGCGUGGUGCCGCGCGCGGCGCUCGCCCGCCUCACCGCCCUCGAGAGGCUGCACCUGGACGACAACGUCGUCACCUCGGUGGGCGUGGAGCGCGGGGCCUUCGCGGGCGCCGCGGCCCUCAAGGUCCUCUUCCUGUCCCGAAACCUCCUGAGCGCCGUGCCCGUCGGCCUGCCCCGCGGCCUCGAGGAGCUGCGGCUCGACGACAACCGCAUCGGCGCCAUCUCGGAGCAGGCGCUGGGCGGGCUCGGGAGCCUCAAGAGGCUCUUCCUGGAGGGGAACCAGCUGAGCGAGAAGAGCAUCGCCGAGCGGGCCUUCCGAGACCUCGACGGCCUCGCCGAGCUGUCCCUCGCCCGCAACGCAUUCGCCGCCGUGCCGGCCGACCUGCCGGGGGCGCGGCUGGAGCGGCUCUACCUGCAGGACAACCGCAUCUCCAGGAUCCCCGCCGGUGCGCUCGCGGGCCUGCGGCAGCUCGCCCGCCUCGACCUGUCCGGCAACAGCCUGGGCGUCCUGCCGCAGGGCGUCUUCGACGACCUGAGCCAGCUGGCGCAGCUGUCGGUGCGCAACAACCCCUGGCGCUGCACCUGCGCGCUGCUCUGGCUGCAGGACUGGAUGAAGCGGCGCUCGUCCGUCACCAUGGUGCGGGGCAUGGUGUGCCAGGCGCCCGAGACGGCUCGCGGAACGCCCCUGGAGGGGCUGGCGCUCGACUGCCGCGCCUCCGGGGACGGCGCGGGGCGCGCGAGAGCGGCGGCGACGUCGACGCAGGCGCGGCCCGCCGAUCGCGACGCGCGGACCACGGCGAGGCCGGGCCCGCGGACCCAACCCCCCCGCGCCGGCGCCCCCAAGCACGGCGUUCCCGCGGCGGCCUCCGAGAGCGACCUGGAGGUGCGGUUGUCGGACGUCACCGACAGCAGCCUGCGCGUGAGCUGGAGGGCGCCGCCCGGCGUCAAGGUCCUCAAGCUCCACUGGGCCCGGCUCGGGCAGAGCGCGGCGGCCGGAGGCGGCGGCGCGGGAGACGCCGACAAGGUGAUCGUGGCCGGCGACGGGGGCGGCGGCGGCGGCCACCGGAUCCUGCGCCUGCAGCCCGGCGGCACCUACAGGGUGUGCGCCGUCGUCGCGGACCCGGGCGACGACCGCCGCCUCGCCGACCUGCACGCGUGCGCCGAGGCGAGGACGCCGAGCCCGUCCGACUUCAACUCGUCGGCGCCGACGAACCGCGAGCGGGGGGACGGGCGGGCGAGCGGAGCGGGCGGCGUGGGAGGCGGCGCCGGGGCGAUCGGCGGCGCCGUCGCCGCGGUCGCCGCGGCCGCGUGCCUCGCCGCGGCCGCCGCCUACGCGCUCAGGGGGCGCUGCUGGCGCCGCCUGGCCGGCGGCACGGGCGGCAGCGGAGGCGUGGGGCGGCGGCGGCGCGAGGCCUGCGACUACGUGGACGGCUCCGCCAAGAAGAAGGACAUGUCCAUGCUGGAGAGCGGAGACGGCUCGUCUUUCCAGGUGGUGCCGCUGAACGGCGCACACCCCGCGCGGGACGAGUUCACGAUACAGACGGUGUUCCCGCAGCGCCACGGCGCCGGGAUCGGUGGGGGGGGUGGAGGUGGUGGCGGCGGCGGCGGAUGUGGCAGCGGCCUGGUUUACAAAUAUCACCAGAACGCCGGCGGUGAGGUGCACAGGGGCCGGCGAGAUAGCGGGGUGCCCGACUCGGACCACUCGCAGACGUAGGCCGCUUGCCGCUAGCCGGCUGCCGUGACGGAACCGCAGGUUGAUGGACGGUGGCAGCUGCGGAGUGGCAUCGGCUGGAUGUCAAUCAAGGGACCCUUUAAAAUGUGCCAGAAGAAAAUCCCAUAACGUAAAUGUUUCUUCUGCAAUGAGCUCAUUGUUUUUUUUUCUGGAGUGUGAUGUGCACUUUGGACACUCGCUCGUCACAAGUACGGUGAACAAUGGCCUUGCAGCGAUUGUAUUGUAUGCGGACAAUUCCAUUAGCAUUUCCUCCUACUCCGGCUGGUAUGUCAUGGUGGCGUACGUAAUGUAAUACCGGGUUACACGACAUUACACUGGCAUGUGUAAUACAUUCUGCUCACAGACAGUUGUUCAGACGCAUUCGGACAAGUCGCUUACGAACACCUUCGUAUAUUUUUUAAUAACUGCAGUGAUGUGGUUUUUAAAAAGCAAUAUGAUGUUGAUGAGUGAAAUGUACAAAAAGCAAGGUUUUCAUUCGCAGAACGCUUGCGUCAGAAGUCGAAGGGACAUGCCUCAGACACGACGACGUUUUACCGCCCAGGAUGUUCCUUGAGCACCACGAGCGGCUGCUGAAGACGGCGUGAAUCUACGCAGCCACCGCCGGCGAACGACGCCCAGUCAAACGGAAGCGUGAAACGCGGCAAGGGGCCUGCUUGGGAAAGAUUAUUUAAAUAAUAUUUUUUACGAACGCACAUAUAGACGCCGUCAGAGUCAUUUUAACACGCCUUCCGCCCGUAGUUGUGUUCCCUGUGAAUAGUACUGUAAUGCGUUCAUCACGCUUGGUGGCUCUCUGCUGCCGCGCAGCUUGAAAGAGCGGCGACGCGGCUGCUCCGGCCCUCGUCUCGAGGUCACGCUGCGUAUUCGUCACACAAUGGCGCCAUAUGGGGCCAGACAGGACGGAGUGUGCAAGUGCCGUUUGGAAUGGGGCACUGCGGUCUCGACUGUAUUGCUCUGCGGCAGGGGUAAGGGCCUGCCAGAUAGGGCCCCGUGACUAUCACGCGGCCCGUGGCCAACGUGAGGACCGGCAAAUGGAUAUUUUAUCUGAUUGGAGUGGCAGAAUGGUGGGGUAAGUGCACCGCACGAUGAUCUGACGGCCCGAGUUCGAGUCCCAGCCACGGAUAACGUCUGUGGCGGAGGGAUAUCUGAACAGGUCCAGGGCGACCCUACCCCUUCACCAAGCCCUGCUGACCAGCGUGAUGAAGUAUGGUCAAAAACCUUCAUGGUUGACAUGGCGUGGGGAGGCCUUCAUCCCAGCGGCGGAUUGACGGUUCAAAAUUACCGCUAUGAUAUUCGGUGAUUUUCAAAGCCUUUCCACAACAACUUGGCAAGGCUGCCACGAAUGUCAUUAAUCAUCUCGCUGCCACUGUCAAAGCAGCCCCAUCUCAAAUAGGUUCAAAGUAAUUAUUGCCAUCAAUUUAACCGCAAAGCGAUGGACUUCAUCGUAGCUUUUUGUUCUUUGUCUUAAAGAGUCUUUUGGAAGCGAUGCCUUUCUUGCAAUGUAUUAUCCCCAAUCCAAUGCUGAUGCAUUAUGCUGCUGCCUGUCCACAAAUAUCCGGAAAUUUCUGUAAAUGGUAGACAAUUACGUGAAAUGGCUCCAGCGGUGUUUAUAAAUGUCACGUGGAACACCGUUGGAGCAGUUACAUCUAUAUUAUAUAUAAAACAAACUCUUGCACUGCCAUCCAUGGCUUUUCACAAACACAGGCUUAAUUCUAGUGUUGGAACUUGUCGUGCUCUCUGCUACAGCUUAUACCACCACAGCAGAGCAGUCUAAGCGUGUACAUUAUAUGUUUUUUUUUCUGUGUUAAGGUAUAAAAUGUAAUAAAGUUUUUAAUUAAA